GUUGAUUUAGUUUUGCCCAUCGGCACAAUUGUACACACGUUGGCGGUCACGCGUCGUUUUUUUCUUCUCCUUUUUAUCGUUGAAUCAUGUACUCCAGUUUAAACAGCCCAGGACCUCUUAACCUGUUUAUUCUCCACACGCCAGGUGAAUGGCCAAAUCAGUUUACUUUCACUUAGUUGGUAUCUCUCCUAACUGGCACUGUUUUUAUGAUUAAUGCGUGCAACUUGAUUACACGGAAGAACAGAACUCGUACUCUUGAGAGAUCGCUUUACUUACAUCUGGACGACUUGGGGAGCACUGUACGUAAAUCAGUAUGUCUCCCGUGCAGCCAGGGUUCAUCUUAAAAGAAUCUGCUUUUCGGAAUUUCUGCAAGAUCUAAAUCAUAGGGACUCCGUCCAAGAGCGUCAUCAGUGAAAGUUUCGCCCCCCAAGAUCCUUUAGAAGCAUUUGGAGGUUCAGACAAAACUACUGAGUUGAAAUGUCCCAUUUGCAAGACGGCGCCGACCUGAAGACCAUAAAAACGACAUCAGGCACCACAAGAUGGAAAUGUACCAGUACUAAAUGCCGUGGGAAACAAGUCGGGGCCUACAUGGAGACUGAACGAGCGAUGCUUAUUAUAGAAUCAAGACCAAAGCCAGUUAUAGGCCAUAGUAAAGGCGCAAAGGUUUUGAAACAACCACAAACAAUAACCCAGCCAGAAUUUGUCCCCCAAUCGGGACCAGCCCCCGAAGAAAUACCAACACAUGAAUCAACGAUAGUAUAGCAUGAUCGACGUCUAAAUCCGGCUUAGCACUUCACGCCGGGUCUAUAACACUACCAAGACUGGUAUUCCUACCACAGGGAGUAUUGAUGGGACGAUCACGAGCGAGUCCACUGUGUACAAGGUGUGAGCAGACAAAACACCUCAGUGGAUGUGACCAGCAAAUACUGAAAUCCCUAUACGAGAGGCGCCGCCGAGCGGGGAGCCACUGCUCAUGCAACAACUGCAUGCUCCCCACGGGGCCCGAGAUAGCGAGCAUGCCCAGCGGUACAGGCGUUGUUUCCCAAAGUUGCCACCAUCUCAACUGCAAGGGGCAGAAUGGCCUAUGUCGCCGGUGUGGCGACGAGGCCCACCGAGGAAUGACCUGUGCCGAGGCGGGCACUCACCGAGUCGUACACAUGCUGGUGAUCGGCCGUGGAGGAGAGCUCAACGUUUGCCCGGAGUGUCUGACGGUUUACUGGAGGGAUGGUGGCUGUUGUGAUAUGGUAUGCACAACCUAUCCUGAUGUAUGCGGUAGGCAUUGGACUUGGGUUGGGAGUGUCAAGGCUAUCAAGAAGCUGGGCAUUGGUAUGCGCCGUGGCCCCAACGGUAAUAUGGGAAACAUGUAUGUAAUAGAAUUAUGCGGCCAUAGAGCUGAUUAGUAGAGCUAGUAGGCAAUGGCACGUCGAG